CAGACAUCGGCUAAGUGCCACUCACUCACAUUGCCACACUUGCAAACACGUUAGUGUUAUUUGUAGCGGUGGGAAGCUGUCAUGGAGCUCAUCAAGGAUGGAUGGUUUACGGAAUCAUGCACACUAUGGCCGGGGCAAGCGAUGAGCCUCCAGGUGGAAGAGGUCCUCUACAACAAGAAAUCCAAAUUUCAAGAUGUUAUGGUUUUCAAGAGUAAGACCUAUGGGAAUGUGCUGGUGCUGGAUGGAGUGAUCCAGUGCACAGAGAGAGAUGAGUUUGCCUAUCAAGAGAUGAUCGCCAACCUCCCACUGCUCAGCCACCCCAACCCCAAAAAGGUGCUGAUUAUUGGCGGCGGAGAUGGCGGUGUGCUGAGGGAAGUGGUGAAGAAUCCCCUGGUGGAGUCGGUGGUCCUGUGUGAGAUAGAUGAGGAUGUCAUUAAUGCAUCAAAGAAGUACCUCCCAGGGAUGGCCAAAGGGUUUUACAGUCCUAAACUCAUCCUCCAUAUCGGAGAUGGUUUUGAAUUCAUGAAGAAAAACCAGGAUGCCUUUGACAUCAUUAUAACCGAUUCCUCAGACCCCGUUGGACCUGCCGAGAGUUUGUUCAAGGAGUCUUACUAUCAGCUGAUGAAGGCAGCAUUGAGGAACGGUGGAAUUCUUUGUUCCCAGGGCGAGUGUCAGUGGCUCCAUUUGGAGCUGAUAAAGGAGAUGCGAACCUUCUGCAAGACCCUAUUCCCUGUGGUGGACUAUGCCUACAGCACCAUCCCAACUUAUCCCAGUGGCCAAAUUGGAUUCAUGCUCUGCAGUAAAAACCCUGAAACAAAUUUCAUGGAGCCAAUGAGAACACUGUCAAAGGAAGACAUGGAAAGUAUGAACCUUAAAUAUUACAACCCUGAAAUUCACAGAGCAUCAUUCGUCCUGCCUGAGUUUGCAAAAAAGGUACUCAGCGAAGCAUGACCAGCAACAACAGACCAGCAUGUUCAUCCUCUGCCUGGCCCUCAGAUCGCAGAUAAAAAACCUUGUUCUACAGUUUCUUCACCUCCUCAACACAGUUUAGCACCACUGAAGAGAGGAGCCUCCUAAAGAUUUUAUGGGUGGGGGUACCUAAUGAUCAGUGGGUGGGAACUUGCUGAGUUUUACAGUAAAAGUGUUAGUUUGUUCCAAGUUCCUUCCAGUCUUACACACUCUUGGUGUUUAUUUAUUUUACUGAUGUAUUUGAUUUUUCAUUUUUACUGUAAUCGUCUUAUCAGAAUUUUGUGCAGGAACUUAGUGGUCUGGGCUGAGUGGGGAGGACACUGUCGUCAAAUCGGACCUCACUCUGAUACUGUGUACUGUCUAUCGGAUUCACUGCAUCUACAUGUCAUGUAAUACAUUGCAUACCGCAUAGAGUAUGUACGUGUAAUGUAUUGCUGUACUUUUAUUUGUAAUGUUUAAUAUCAGUUUGUACUCAUAGGAAAAACAAACGCCAUGUAUCAUGACUGUAAAUUCAGAAUAUUAAUGUGUCCUCUACACAUGAACCCUAUAGUGCCUGAAAUCAUUUGUUUGUUGUUUAAAAAAAGAAGACUUGUUCUGUAUCUAUCGAAGUGUACCAGGCACAUAGUGGCCUAGAAAAAUACUCAAGUGUUAAUAGUUCCGAAAAUUGUCCCUUUAAAAUAUCACCAACUUCAGAUGAAUUAAAUUUGCUCAGCUUUGAUCAUCAAUUUGUGAAGAAAUCUUUAAUAUUACGGUGUUGAAAUGCAAAUUAAGCAAAAAUUAAAUACAAUAUGCCACUGAA